GCCAUAGCUUAUUUUUAUCAAUUCCAAUCCAAUUGCAAGAAUCCAAGACACCACACUCCAAUUCACCAACUAUAAAUAUCAUACAGGAGUUAAAGUAUUCUCACACUUCAACAUUCAGAAAUCACGAGAUAGAAACACCGGUAAACAUAAUAAUAAAGUAAUGGCUUGCAAGGUGCAGAAAAGGGUAGUAGUAGCACUGCGCAGAAGACUUCACAUUCUGCGUUUCCGUACCAACUCCAACAACAACAAUAUACAAAAGCUAAAGCUCGCACUGGAAACUGUCAAAAGGGAGUAUAAAAACUUGAUAGCCACGAGAAGAUGCUACAUUAGCCUACUAAAUAAUGUCAACAAAGAUAACAAGGAUGUUAAAAUAGAUAAAAUAAGGGCAGGAACAUUUAUGGUGAAGGUCACAUGUGAAAAAGGAGGUGACAAGUUGGUUUCUAUUCUAGAGGCCUUUGAAGAUAUUUGUGUGAAUGUUCAACAAGCAAGAGUUUCAUGUAAAAAUGAGUUUUCCAUUGAAGCUAUUAUAGUGGCUGAGGAUCAAACUCUUGAUGUUACAUAUAUUACUCAAGUGCUUCUAAAAGCUAUUGGAAAUCAGAGUAGUGAAAAGGGUUCUGAAGUGCUUGACAACUUCAACAAAUUGUGAAUUUUCCAAGUCCAUUAAUUUGUUUAACUCAACCGGUUUUUACUUAUUUCAUCUUGCUCUGUUAUAAAUAUGUAACACUGUUGUUGUCUUGUUGAACGACGUUGGAAUAAUAAAUAUUGUUUCGAAA